CUCUCCCUCGGCCGGUCUGGGCUUUUGUUUUUCCUUCAGGCUGGGUCUUGAGAGGAAGACAAGUCCUCUCCCCCAGCCCUGGCUGGCUGCGGGGGGCUGCGGGGGGCCCGCGGGGCAGGUGGAGGUGAGGAGGGUCGGUCACGGGUGGGCUCGUUCUGUGGCUCCCGGUGCAGCGGCGCUGCCCGCUGGGACGUGCCUGGCCUUGGGACCAGCCGGGAUGGAAGCAGACGGCGUCUCCCCGAUCCCACAGGUAGGACAUUCCAGCUGCUGCUGAAGUGACGUGCCCGAGGCCACGGAAGAAAACCCGUGGCGGAGCUGGGACGGAACCCCGAGUCGCUCCGUCCUAGUUUCCCGUUGCUGGGUGCCUUUCCUUGCUCGGCUGGGGAUGGAGGUUUAACCCUGCACCCCCGGGCUGCCGGGGUAAAGUCCUGCCUGGGCUUUGCCAGCUCCUAAUCAGCGCUGGCAGCCGGGCGUGUGGCCAGGGGGCUGAGCCCCUCCGUGGCUUUGGGGAGCCCAGACCUUUCGGAAAGGGGGAUGUGGGCACGAGCCCCUCGAACAUCACGGUUGCUUGGCUGGCUGGUGUGUCAGAGGAGGGAUGGCACAGCUCACGCUCAGGGCUUUAAACCCCAUCCUUAGGGUUUACAACUCAAGCCAUAAGCCCCGAAUCCUGGCGCAGCCCAGGCGACUGCAGGCACUUUAAAGAUGCGCGCGAGCGCAGAGGAGGAGCUGGAGAAGGACAGGCUGAGGACGUGGUCCCUGGAGCAGGUUCAGUGGCAAAUAUGAACAUUUGUCAACAUUUGACAACAACUCCAUGGGACAUCAUGAAUUUGCUGGAAUCUGGACCACAGAGCACUUGCCAUAGUGCUGUUUGAAUUUAAAUUUCACUUACGUGAAAGAAAAAUAAUCACCUGGAUCAACUGUAGUGAUGGCUAGCAAAAGAAAAUCCACCACUCCCUGCAUGAUACCAGUAAAAACACUGGUGCUUCAGGAGACUGAACUGGACCAUGUGGAAGAUGAUCAUGAGGGAACGAAGCAAGAUGUCCCUGCGGAAGGGCCAGCAGCAAGUGAUGCUGGUGCCAGUAGCAGUAAUAAUGGAGCUCUAUCUAACGGGCACCGCGGUAUUGCUGAUGGUGACACUUUUAUCUGCAAGUCUUGUGACUUUGGAUCUCAAGACGUUCAUCACUUCUUCAGGCACUUGGACUCUGAGCACUCAGACUUCAGCAAAGACCCUGCGUUUGCGUGCGUUGCGUGCAACUUCCUGGCAAACAGCCACGAAGGGCUCUCGCACCACAAUGCAGAGUCACACGCUGGUGAAACGAGCUUCAUCUGGAAGGUGGCUAAGCAGGACAAUCGUACAACUGUGGAGCAAAGUCUCUGUGAGGCCACCAGCAGCCAUGACCCUCCGGGAGAGGUCGCUGAAGAAGGAGCGGAUGGCCAGUCUGAAAUUAUCAUUACCAAAACCCCCAUCAUGAAGAUAAUGAAAGGUAAACCAGAGGCCAAAAAAAUCCACACGCUGAAGGAGAAUCUGUCAAGUCAGCUGGGCAGCGAGUCAGAGGUGAAAGAUGGAGACCAUUCAUUCCCAAAUGGGGCUGUGCCAGUCAGCCAGCCCACUGCAAGUUCAACAAAAUCAUCUCAUAUAGUGAAUGGUUCUAUCAUAGGAAAUGUCCCUGUUCUGCAGGCAGGUGUUGCACAACUUGUGUCACUACAGCAGCAACCCCCAUUGCAUCAGCAGCUACCUACGUCCAAAUCCCUUCCCAAGGUGAUGAUCCCCCUGAGCAGCAUUCCAACAUACAACGCCGCCAUGGACUCCAACAGCUUCCUCAAAAACUCUUUCCACAAGUUUCCCUACCCCACAAAAGCUGAGCUGUGCUACUUGACUGUGGUGACGAAGUACCCAGAAGAGCAGCUGAAGAUCUGGUUCACUGCCCAGAGGCUGAAGCAGGGCAUCAGCUGGUCACCGGAGGAGAUCGAAGAUGCCAGGAAGAAGAUGUUCAACACGGUUAUUCAGUCUGUGCCCCAACCCACCAUUACAGUUUUGAACACGCCGCUAGUUGCAAACCCCGGGAGUGUCCCCCAUCUUAUCCAGGCAACUUUACCAGGCCACGUGGUGGGGCAGCCGGAGGGGACGGGGGGGCUGCUGGUCACGCAGCCCAUUAUGGCAAACGGGUUGAAGGGCACCAGCUCCUCCUUCACCUUGGCGGUGACCUCUGUCCCCAGGACGCAGCCGACGGCGCAGCACAGCACCGUGAGCUCCAGCAACACGUCAGGGGUGAAGGUGGUCAGCAGCGGCCAGUCGCUACUCACCGCCUGCCCAGCCAUCUCCUCGCAGACCUUCCUGGAUCCCAACGUGUACAAAAACAAGAAGUCCCACGAGCAGCUCUCAGCCUUGAAAGGCAGCUUCUGCAGAAACCAGUUCCCUGGCCAGGCUGAAGUCGAGCGGUUGACAAAAAUCACGGGCCUUUCCACCAAGGAGAUUCGGAAAUGGUUCAGCGAUAGGAGGUACCACUACAGGAACGUGAGAGGCAACCGGGCGGUCUUCCCUGGAGACAACACUCUUGAUUCCCUGCCUGAAAUACCCUUCGAUGUCUCUCCCAGAGGGGUUGAGCUGAGCCCUGCAGCAGCAGCGGCUGCGCCGGCCCCUCACCACCCGCCACGGCGGCAGUCAUGGCACCAGGCACCCGACUUCACGCCGACCAAGUACAAAGAGCGGGCACCGGAGCAGCUGAAGGCCCUGGAGAGCAGUUUUGCCCAAAAUCCCCUUCCUGCGGAGGAAGAGGUGAACCGCUUGAGGGCGGAGACGAAGAUGACACGGAGGGAGAUCGAUAGCUGGUUCUCGGAGAGGAGGAAGAAGAAGGUGGCAGAAGAAAACCAGAAGGUGGAAGAGGUGGCUCGGCCGGAGGAGGAAGAGGUGGAAAGUGGUGGGGGGGAAGGGGAAGACUCCUCGGAUGAGCUGAGGGCUGCAAGUGAAAACGGUUCAGUCGACGCCUCUGGCAACAACCCAAACUCGGUGGAGCGGAAGGUGAGUCCCAUCAAAAUCAACCUGAAGAACCUCCGAGUGACUGAGUCCAAUGGCAAAAAUGAGUUACCAGGGGCUGGUGCCAAUGAGAAAGGGGACGGCAGCUCCAGCCGGCCACCCACCCCUCCGAAAACCAAACUGAACUUUAAAAAAACAGCCCAGCAGCGGCAUCUCCUGAAGCAGAUGUUCGUGCAGACCCAGAGACCCACGAACCAGGAGUACGACGCCAUUGUUUCCCAGACGGGCCUGCCGCGGGCCGAGGUCAUUCGCUGGUUUGGGGACAGUCGGUACGGCUACAAGAACGGGCAGCUGAAGUGGUAUGAGAACUACAGGCGGGGGGUUUUCCCCCCGGGGCUGGUGGAGGUCAGCCCGGCCAGCCGGGAGGUGCUGGAGGACUACUACGAGAAGCACAAGGGGCUGCGGGAGGAGGACCUGCCCGGCCUCUGCGAGCGCGCCCACCUCAGCGCCCAGCAGCUCAAGGCCUGGUUCUCGGUGAAGGCGGAGGAGGAGGGCAAGGGCCCUGUCCCCGAGGAGGCCUGCGCUGGCGAGGGCAGCCGGAAAGGGCCGUGUGAGGCUGGCUCGGAGCUGUCUGAGAGCAGCGAGUCGUGGGAGCUGGGCGGCCAGGAAGGCAGCGCCGGGACCCCCGAUGCCCCCGGCCCACCGCCCGCUCCCCGGCUGGAAACAGACUGAACUCAAACCACCAGCCCUGGAGGAUCCGCACUUACCCUUGAGAAGAAAUUUUUGGUCUUCAAGAAAUCCAUGGGCCGGCCUGAUCCAAACCUCAGGAGCAGGACGUGGUGAUAAAGCACUGCCAUAAAUGAGACCUUUGAGCACAGCACAAGUGUACAUGCCAAAACUGGGCACUUGGUGCAGAGCUCUGGGUGGCCCAGCUGAGGAGGUGGCUGAGAGCUGGCGGGGGCUCAGCUCACACCCAGGAAAUAGGAUGCUCUUGUUUGCUUUCCAGUGGACAGACUUUCAGAUUUCAUAUUCAUAUACCGAUGCCUACAGCUGCCUAUACAAGCAUAACAAAUCUCAGACAUUGUGUAAACAAGGUCAUUGCUUCAAUAUGGACUAUCAUGGCACAGUACUUUUUUUCUGUUUCUGUUUGGUUUUUUUUUUCCUCUCCUUCUGUCUGUUAAGGUGUUUGUUCUCUAAAGGUUGGCAUGGCUGCAUAUGUCCUCUCCACCCUUUCUGGUCCUUAAGCCCUGGCAAGGAAGGGCUUUGCAGGCACACAAGUGUGUAUGUGUGUGUUAGGAAAGGAAAAGUAUCUGAGAAGAAAACUGCCAGUCUUUUGUUGAAGUCCAGGGGGAGUUAAGUGACAUUUUCAUCCCUACAGAUGAAGUUAGAUUGAGCACUGCAGACUCUCCAUUAAGUAGCAGGUUCCCAGACCUAGACAACCCAGGAGAUGAAGUUUGGUGUCAUUUGUCACUUACUGGCUAGGAUAUUUUCCCCUGCCCUCCUGGAGACUUGACUGUAGCAGGCUGUUAAAACCUUCAAGUCUCCUUUUAAUCACUGAGAACUAGCACAUAAUAAUUUUUCCAUCCUGACCUGGAAUCCUUUUCAUUGUUCAAAGAGAACAAGCUGUUCUUCAGAGAAUACUCAGCGUUGCUGUGAGUGGUUUAAGUCGUUGUCUCCAAGGGAUCAGUGAGGCAGGAGCUCUUCUGCAAUCAGGAAGUUUCCCUCCUGCAGCCCUUCAUGACAGAUGCUUCUGCAGCAGUGCUGGUAACUUCCAAGUGUUUGCUCCAGUCUUUUUGGAUUUUUGUGUUUGUUUUUUUUUUUCCUUUUUUUUUUUUUUUCUUUUUUUUUUUUCCCCCAGUUUGUCUGUUCUGGAAAAACAGCAAAAUAAAUUUCCCAGUUAACCUUCCUGCUUCCCAGUACCUGUACAUCUUUAACAUGCCCACAUUGUCUUGUGUGGUUGCUGGGUGAUGCAACUACUUGAAGACUUUUAUAAUAUUCUUUUCUAAUAGAAAACAAGGUCUAGAAGGGAAACUCUUGAGCUGAAUAUCCAGCCAAAUGCUGUGUCAGACCAUUCUGUCACAAAAUAAUCAAAUCCCAGCUCAAAAUUGGUUCCAUGUCUUGCCUUCACUUUUGCUCUUGGAAGGAUAUUCCAGAACUUCACUGCCUUUGAAAGGUUAGAAACUUUAUUUAAAUUUCUAGUUUUAAUUAAUUCAUGGCCGGUUCAUUCCUGGUUUGUUUUGGAGCCAACAUUGUCCUUUAACUUAAAUAGUUUUUGGUGUUUAUCCACUGAUGUAUUUAUGGAGAGUAGUCAUAGCUCCUCAUUUUUGCCAAGCUAACUCAGCCAAGCUUUUUUCAGUAGAAGAUUUUUAUUUAGUGAGAGCUUUUUAAUGUGGGAGACUUUAUUGUUGGUGGUAAAUGAUAUUUAUUAGAAGGGUGGGUAGCAAGCCCCAAAGGAUCAGAUCCAGAGAUUUACAAAGAAAUUUGGUUUAAAAACAAAAAAGCUCUUUCAGAACCUCUUCCAAAGUGUCUGAUUUCUACCUUUAAUUGUCCUUGUUUUUCCACUUCUUUCUUUGUUCCCCCCCUUUAAGAGGCUGCCUUGCUCAACUGCUAGGAAGGAUUUUAUCUGCUCUGUGCUUUGCAAGAGAGAGGAGGCUUCCUCAUGUCUGGUGGUACGUGCCAACGUGGUAGGUGCCUGAGGUCACAUUGCUCCCCUGGCACACAGUGUAACCCCUGUGGCCAAGGACAAGCAUCUGCUUCAGGAGGAGAUGACCUGCACUCUGAAGUGAGCUGGGGCAGCUGCAGGCACCUGCACUGCAACCAUCCCUUAGCAGUCUGCCCAGAAGGCUGUGGGCAGGGGUGGUGCUGACCUGGAGCACCCUGCUGUGACACCGGGCUCCCUGAAUUCCUUGUGUCUUCCGAAGCACUCGUGCUGGUCGUGCUGUGGCUGGGGACAUAAGCAGCAGCCAUCCCACCUCAGCUGGGCAGAGCAGGGGUGGCUGCACAGCAAAGCCAGCCAGAGCCCUGGGGGUGCAGUCCUGCACACCCCAAAAUAUCACAGGUGAUGGGAGAAUCUGGGUGGUCCCAGAGCCAGAGGUAGCAGAUCUGGGAGUUGUGCAGCCCGAGAGUACAUGUACGUACAGUGUUACCUUCAGAGAACAAACACAGGUAGGUCAAUUUACUCUCUAGUGUUUAUGUACCUGCAGGUUUAUUUAAGUACACAUAUAUACAGAUCAGAUAUGCCAUUGAUUCUUUAUUGCGUUAAGAUGUACAUAAAAAAUGUACACUUUUACUAACUACUUGCUAUAUAAACAUGUUGGAAGUGUAGUUUGCCCAUUCAAGGUGAUUUUCUGUGGGGUUUUUGGUGUACACUUAAAAGGCCUAUGGCUAACUGGAAGGGUGAUCCCCACUCCAUCUACAGAAAUGCUUAAGGACUGUGGUAUGAGCUGGUCCCUUCAAACCAUUUUUUCGUGCACUAGCUGAAAUAUUUUGCACUUGGAUUGUACUUGACCAGUUUUCCAGAAAAAUUGAAAAGAGGUCUUGUGAGCUAGAGGGAGAAUUUCCCGGUGUACACAGAAAAAACAGCCUUGAGGGUUGGAAGCUGCUGAAGUUUUUGAGCUUUGUCUCCAUGCAUUCAUACAAGCACAGCAGGAGUUUUCUUUCUUUUGGGUCGGAGGAAUUUUAAAAAGUGGUUCCAUGCAGACUCCCCUCGGAUCUGGUGACAGGGCUGGCAAGCCCCACUGCAUGGGGAGGGUAAGAUUUAGAGGCAAAAAAAAUAAUCACGUAUUCGAGUUCCCUUUCUAACAUUCCUUGUUAUCUGCUUUUGUUUAAUUGACUUGAAAUCUCCAUGAAAGUAUAAGCUGAAUAAUUUUGAGGGCUUAGCUCUGUUGUCCUCUGUUUCCCUAUUGCAUCGUUUCUGAAGCAGGUGUCAUCUCCAAACAGACUCAGGUUUUGGUGCAGGACAUUAGAAAUGUGUUUGCAUCUGAAACUGAAAGGAAAAAUUGAGAGGUGGCUCGACAGUCCCAGCAGAGCAGCUCUUCUGGUGAUGAGAGAAGAGUGUCACCAGAAUUCUACACAGUGUGUGAAUAUUUAUCAUCAUCUAAUCAAAGAUGACUAUCUUGACUUGAAAGCAGAGGUGUAAGAUAAAGGUUGUGUAGCCAGCAUCAGUAAGGAAGGGAAAUGAAAUUCUUCACCUCCAUCUGCUCUGUGUGAGCUUGGGUGUGACAGGCAUUAAGUAGUAGCCAUUGUUUUUAAUCCAUGUGAAUCUUGUUACUUAUGUGUCUGAGGCUGCUUAGAUUAAAGGCACAAUCCAAUUGCUUAAUAAGCUGAAACCCUGAUCUGUGCUGUACCUGGCUUGCUCGUGUACAGGGCUGCUGGUUCUCCUGAUGCAAGGAACAGAGUUGCUGUAUUCAUCAUCAGCAGGCCCUGCCAUGAGUUUUUUAGACUGUUUCAUUUGGGUACCUUAUUUUUCAGCUCCUUCAUUAGCAUAAUAUUUUUUUUUCUUAUUUUAUUUUUAGCAGAACACUAAACAAACCAUGAUUUACAGGCUCUUACUUCCAGUUGCCCGAGAACCGAGCGCUGCCGCACGUCAGGGCCGCAGCCACGGCGAGAGGAGCGGGCAGAGGUGCUUGCUUCAAGAGAGGGUUUGCAGCAGUCAGGGUACACCUGCAGAGCUCCAGCCCCAGGUAUUUAGUGUCCCUGUAUGUCCCCGUGGCUGCAUGUCCCCUCCCUGGCAGGGGCUCGUGUUGGUCACUGUGUAAAGCCACCAGCAAAAGCAGUAGCUGCUGGGAUGAGAAACCCCGUAGUCAGCCCACAGCUGAACGCAGAACCUUAAACUCACACAGAAGCUGGAGCUGCAAGAUACCUGCUUGGUUGGUUUUUGCUAAGUGUCCCCUUUCUGUUCAGGAGGAAAAGGAAAAUGUAGAAGGCUGGGUUUCCGUUUAGUUGGGGGUGUGUGUGUGUGUAUAUAUAUAUAUAUAUAUAUAUAUUUAAAUGAAAAGCAACUGGUUUUGGUCACGGAUAGAAGUGUUGUGAUCUGUCUUCCCUGCAAGCCCCUCUCUUAAAGACAUUACAGAGGCAACCUGAUGGGAAGAUGAUGUUUGGGUUCUGGGCCACUGGGAAUCAGAAGAGAAAGAUGAUUUUGAGCACUUAGGCACAAAUUAGAAAGUAAACAUGAUGCUGCACCUUCUUGUCAAGUUAGUAAUAUUUGAAAUGCUUGUAAACUUCUCUCUCCUGUUGUCCAGAUAAUUUUGGCUUCACUUUUUCCAAAUCCAUCGGUGGCUUGAUGUGGUUCAGCUCACUGCAGUACCCUCUUGUAAUAUCUCAGUUGAUCACAAAACCAGCAGGGUAAGAUAAGACAGCACUACAAACUGGGGGGGAGGGUGGGAUGAGACACUUGCAAACUGUACCUCUUUUUUGCAAGUUUAGUUUCUGCUCUUUUACUGGCUGUUUCCCUGCCAGGAAUGCCAGAUUGGCAUCAAAAAACUUUAAAGCAGAGCAAGGGACCUCUGUUACCUGAGCAGUGACUUUUUUUUUUUUAAUUUUACUUUCUUGUUAUUGCUUUUUCCAGUAAAGAAUGCUCUGUUGGCUGUCACUGGCCAUACUUUGAUGGCACAAUUAAAGCCUCUUUUUUCCCUGUACUGAUGGAGGGUAGUAUUAGGCAGACUCUUGCUUACUGGUGCUAGUGAAGGUUGGGCUAGGAAUCCAUGGCAUAGAAAACUUCUUGCUAAAAUUGCACUUUCUCUCUGCCCCAUCUGGCUCAUGGUGGUGUUAUGGGUACGUGGCUGUGAUUCCCCUUGCACAUACUAACAUUGCACUAAAGGAGAGACUUUGGGAGCAGCGUGUUGAUCACUUUGUUUCUCAGCAGACCACAAAGUCAGCCUAAUGGGGGUCUCUUUUUUUUUUAAUUAUUAUUAUUUAGAAAUCAUGCUGGUGCUGAAUGACCUGGAAUUUUUUUUUUGCUUGGAUUUAUCCAAAGGAAAAUGUAAUUGUAGCUGCAAUGGGACCUUUCAUAAGGGUGGCCAUGCAGCUAGGGAGCAGGGCAAGGGCUCUGCUGUGUAAACAGUCUUUGUACUGGGGAGGUGUGUGGGGUGCCCAUGGGGGUUAUUACUGUGUUGUUGUUGUUUUUUUUAAGACCACAAUUUUAGAUGGUCACCCUGGCAAUCGUGUGAGACAGGAAAUAGUUUUUACUUUUGGUAAAGGGUUUUAAAGAGAAAAAAAAACCACAAGUGAAGCUGCCUGUGAUUGUGGGCUGUGGCUAUUAGGCUAGGGUAGCUUGUACCUGCUAUGGACUUUACCUGCUCUUAUUCUGAGGGCAAGAACUCCCUGUAGCAACAAUGCCACUUCUGAGAAGUGAAUGGCAAGUUUCCCUUCCUUUUGUAUAUGUGGAUGUGAGGGCGGGCGAGGGGAAGAGCUUGCUUGUACAGUUUGUUGAAAUGAAACCAGACAUUUUUGGUUGUUCCUAAAUAAAGAGCGUAAAAGACAAA